AUGUUUACUGGCAUAAUAGAAACCCAAGGUGUAAUUAAAGCUAUCGAUAAAAACCCUGAUAAUUUCAGCGUUGAAAUUGAAAUUCCCAAAGAUAAAGAAUCUUUCCUAGAAGAUUGUCACAUUGGCGAUUCCAUAUCAUGUGGCGGUAUAUGUUUAACAGUUAUUUCAUUCACUUCAAACUCCUUUAGAGUGGGCAUAUCCCAAGAAACUUUACGAAGAACAAACAUUGAAAAAAUGUGGCAGUCCAUACCAAACGCCCAUGUAAACUUAGAAAGAGCAAUGGGUCAUGGUAAUACCAGGUUUGGUGGGCACUAUGUUCAAGGCCAUAUUGAUACAGUUGCUACUAUCAUAAGCAAAGAAUCUGAAGGUGAUUCUAUAAAUUAUGGUUUUGAAUUGCGCGAUCCUGAAUAUGAACAGUAUAUUGUUGAAAAGGGAUUUAUUACAAUUGAUGGUGCAUCUUUAACUGUUACCAAAAUUGAAGGGCCUAAAUUCUGGAUAAGCAUGAUCAAACAUACCCAGGGAAUUUUAUGUCCAAGAGAAAUUGGUGAUUUAGUGAACAUCGAGGUUGAUUUAACGGGCAAGUUAAUUUCCAAACAGGUGAAACUAUACUUAGGGAAACAUUUGAAUAAAUAG